GGGGUAUGUCCGCAGGGAAAGGCUGUGGUGAGCUGGGAACGGGUCUGAGGCUUGCGAAGGGUGUUUGGGGAGCGGGGGGGGCGCGUCCCGUGUCGCCCCUCUCCUAACCCUAACCUAGUGUAGGUGUGCGUCAAGUGUUGCAGCUCCCUGCCUGGCUAGAGCAUCUGUCCUCGGCUUUGAUUUCAGCACCAAGGGCAGCUUUUAAGGAACCGAGAACCAUCAUUUUCCAUGUAAUGGCAGAAGUUCUGCUGCAAUUAUUUGGUAAACAAUGAAGGUUCUGUUGCUGAAGGAUCCCAAAGACAAAGAGUCCGGACCAGAUCCCUAUAUUCAAGCAUUAGGAUUAUACAGAUUUGAAGCCACUUUGGUUCCAGUUUUAUCAUUUGAAUUCAUAUCUCUCGAAAGCUUAUUUGAAAAGCUUUCUCAUCCAGAAUGCUAUGGAGGCCUAAUUUUUACUAGUCCAAGAGCAUUAGAGGCCAUCAAGAUAUGUUUAAAAGAGAAGAGUAAAAAUGAAGCCUGGUCAAAAUCCCUUAAACAAAAGUGGGAUACCAAACCAGUGUAUGUGGUAGGAAAAGCAACAGCUUCUUUAGUGGAAGAAAUCGGCCUUACUCCACAGGGAGAAAAGUCUGGAAAUGCUGAGAAAUUAGCCGAAUAUAUUUGCUCAAGAGAGAAAUCCAAUUCCUCAGCUCUUCUUUUUCCUUGUGGAGCCCUGAAAAGAGAAGUGCUUCCUACAGUACUUAGAGAAAAAGGUGUACCUCUGGAAAGCCUCACUGUUUAUCAAACAACCCAGCAUGCUCAUCUACAGGAGUCUUUGAGCAGUUAUUUCUCACAACAGGGAAUUCCAGCAAGUAUCGUGUUCUUCAGUCCAUCUGGUGUCAGAUUUUGCCUCCAGCACAUUCAGAAGCUUGCAGGAGAUGUUAUCAAUCAUAUCAAGUUUGCUGCCAUCGGUCCAACGACAGCCGAAGCCAUGGAAGCAGCAGGAAUCCCUGUGAGCUGCACUGCAGAGAGCCCCACUCCCCAGGCCCUCGCCACUGGAAUCCAGAAAGCCCUUCACCUACACAACUGCUCUGGACCUGAAUGAGCACAGUGUGACUUUGAAGCUGAACUCAGUGCUGUAGAAGGUUUAUUUGCAGACCUGUU